GAGGAUGACAGAGGCUGCCAAAAAGAGCACGAAGAAACCCGUAGAUGAUGGAAACUUCGAUAAGGAGAUCAUUUCAAGAUGGCCUGAUCUUGAGUUAUCACAAACCAGAUUCAUGCUCAAUCAUCCCGAAGUAGACAGCAGCGUGAAAGAAGCCAAGCUCGAGAAGCUUCAGGAAACUAUCAAAGAAUUCGACAUGGCGCCAUUCUACGAGCUUGUCUGCGCUGACUUCAAAAUUGUCGUAGAUGCAACACAAUUGGCUGCAAUGAAAGCAGCUAAUCAGAAAAAGAUCGAUGAAAUCACCGCAGAAGUUGAAGACGCGGAGAAGAACCUUGGCGAAUCUGAAGUGCGUCAGGGAUUACUCCGCAAGUUCGAGUACUACUGUCAGAUCGGUGACAAAGACAACGCUCUGAAAGCGUACACAGCCACCUAUGAGAAGACAGUCGGUAUGGGAUAUCGUAUUGAUGUAGUUUUCGCCAUGAUUCGUGUUGGACUUUUCUUCCUCGAUCAUCAUCUCAUCAACAAGUUUAUCACCAAAGCAAAAGAACUUAUGGAGCAAGGAGGAGACUGGGAACGCAAAAAUCGCCUUCGAUCCUACGAAGCGCUUUACCGAAUGUCUGUUCGUGAUUUUGCUGGAGCCGCUGAUUUGUUCCUUGAAGCUGUGCCAACAUUCGGAUCAUACGAGCUCAUGACAUAUGAAAACUUGAUUCUCUACACUGUCAUCACCACAACCUUUGCUUUGGACAGACCAGACCUUCGUACCAAGGUUAUUCGUUGCAAUGAAGUUCAAGAACAGCUGACCGGAGGGGGACUCAAUGGAACAUUGAUUCCAGUUCGUGAGUAUCUCGAAUCAUACUAUGAUUGUCACUACGAUCGUUUCUUCAUUCAGUUGGCCGCUCUUGAAAGCGAGAGAUUCAAGUUUGAUCGCUAUCUAUCGCCACACUUCAACUAUUACUCUCGUGGAAUGCGCCAUCGCGCUUACGAACAAUUUUUGACUCCUUACAAGACUGUACGUAUCGAUAUGAUGGCCAAGGAUUUUGGUGUUUCCCGUGCUUUCAUCGACCGCGAAUUGCACCGUCUGAUUGCGACUGGGCAAUUGCAAUGUCGUAUUGAUGCUGUUAACGGAGUGAUUGAAGUGAAUCAUCGUGACUCGAAGAAUCAUCUGUACAAGGCAGUUAUCAAGGAUGGAGAUAUAUUGCUCAACCGCAUUCAGAAGCUUGCCAGAGUUAUCAAUGCAUAACCGAGCCCAGUUCUUCAAACGUGUAAAUCCUUUUAUUUUACCCUAUUCUUCUUCUCCCGUAUUAUUUCUUUGCGUUAACUCGCUUUGAAUCUCCCCACUUCUUCAUCAUUUCCGGUUGAAUGAAUUAAUUUAUUACCAUCGCUGUAUUUUUAAAACUGUAUUCACACUUUCUUGGUCAAAUACCAAUUGUUUUAUUAUCUUUAAAAUGUUUUUACAUGUUAUUUAAUACCACUUCUUCACUUCUUCACUUCUUCAUUUCUUUAUUUCUUUAUCCACAUCGCUGCGAUGUAGAUCCGCUGUUUAUUUUUCAAUCGUUCAUAAGUUGAUGUUCCAGGAGCACAGUACGUUGCUCGCAGCGAGUUUUUGAAGAAUUUAACGAAGAAAGGAGCCUAAAAUAUUUAUAUACAAAUUUUUUAACUUUUGGCCUAGUUUACUUUCUCUAGUAGCCUAUCAUAUUUUCUCGCUGAAUAUUUUAAGCCCUCAACUACUUCAUCAGUGCAAAACUCGAAAUGUUUCUUUACAAAACCGGCUGCUGUGGCUGUCUCCUGAAUCUGUUUUGCCUGUAAUCACUAGCUGUAUUUAUAUAAAUUUUACAAGUAGACUAACCUCAUGGGGAUAUCGAAUGUCCAUGUAGCAGAAGGCACCACCCGAUCGCAAAACUC